AUGAUCGAGAUGUCAUUCUACUACUCGCUACUGAUUGGCUCGCUCUUCGAUGUGAAACGAUCCGACUUUUGGCAAAUGAUUAUCCAUCACAUCGUAACCAUAGGCCUACUGUCCUCGAGUUUCACCAUCAAUUUCGUUAGAGCCGGUACACUCGUGCUGAUCUCCCAUGAUCUUGCUGAUAUUCUACUAGAGUUCGGUAAACUCACACGGUACGAUAGGAAUCUCAAAAGUUUGACGAAUGCCUGCUUUGUUGUGUUUUUGAUUGGAUGGCUUGUCACUCGUCUUGGCUACUAUCCGCUGGUUCUCGUUCGAUCUGCAUUGUUUGAAGCAGCUGCUUUGAUCCAACCUGAUUAUGAGCUACUGAAUUUGACUCAGGUCCCCUACGUACCUCGCAUUAUUAUUCUCAUGCUCUUCUCGUUGCUUAUCCUGCACAUAUUCUGGACUAUUAUCAUUAUGAAGAUUGUGGUGAAAACCAUUACCCAAGGAGAAGCCGGCGAUGUCCGAUCGGAUUCUGAGCUAUCAGACAAAGAAGACAGUGAAAAGCUAAUCAAGCAAAAUGGAAAUAAAAUGACGUACAAACGAAGAGCGUCAAAGAAGAGUUCUGAGGACGACGAGAGUGAGAACGAACAUGAACCAUUGGCAAACGGUAUGAAGUAUAGGCGUCCGCGCAGAGAAUAG